AUGACCAGCCCUCAGCGCCUCCAAAGUGGAAGUGGGAGGCGGGUAAUUUGUCAUGAUACGCUCGGGCUGCUGCAGCUGCGGCUACCCGUGCAAUGCUCGCUGGAGGCGGUGCUGAGGAAGAUUCGCAUCCUGCAGGAGCAGGUGGACUCAGCGGAGGAGCUCGUGUGCGGCUUGCAGCUUGAGCUGAACCUGGAGAGGAAGCUGCGGAAGACCGCGGAAGCUGAUGUGGCCUCCUUGAACAGACGCAUCCAGCUGGUUGAGGAAGAGCUGGAUCGUGCCCAGGAGGGCCUGGCCACAGCCCUGCAGAAGCUGGAGGAGGCUGAGAAGGCCACAGAGGAGAGCGAGAGAGGCGUGAAAGUCAUUGAAAGCCGAGCCCAAAAAGAUGAAGAGAAAAUGGAAAUUCAGGAGAUCCAGCUGAAAGAGGCCAAGCACAUUGCUGAGGAUGCUGACCGCAAGUAUAAAGAGGUGGCCCGGAAGCUGGUCAUUAUUGAGAGUGACCUGGAGCGUGCGGAGGAGCGGGCCGAGCUCUCAGAAGGUCAAGUUCGACAGCUGGAAGAGCAGCUAAGAAUAAUGGAUCAGACCUUGAAAGCAUUAAUGGCUGCCCAGGACAAGUACUCACAGAAGGAAGAGAUCAAGGCCAUUUCCGACAAGCUGAAGGAGGCUGAGACUCGGCCGGAGUUCGCAGAGCGGUCAGUAACUCAGUUGGAGAAAAGCAUUGAUGACUUAGAAGACGAGCUGUAUGCUCAGAAACUGAAGUACAAAGCCAUCAGCAAGGAGCUGGACCACACUCUCAACGACAUGACUUCCACAUAAGUUUCUUUGCUUCACUUCUCCCAAGACCCCCUCCAUUGAGCUGGAUACCUGCCUCUCUGCACUCUGCAGUUUGUCUGUUCUCCAGCUGGCCCUGAUCUUUUCUUCUGGAAUCCUACCUGCUCAGGGCCAGGCACACACUGUGCUCUCUAUUGUACAGAAGCUCGUAAUUCAGU